AUGAGCCGUUUGACGUAUAUAUAGGUAUAACAAACGUUCAUUCGUCUCCAAUGGAAAUACGUUCAAGAUGGCGUCACUCAUUGACAACUAUGAGCAACAAUACGCCGUUUUGACAGCUGACAUUACAGCAAAAAUUGGUAGAAUAAGAACACAAAGCGGCAAUGAGAAAAAAGUCUUCAUUCAAGAUGUGGACAGGCAGAUCGAAGAGGCUCAGGAAUUGCUUGAGCAAAUGGAGUUGGAAGUCCGUGGGAUGAAUGGUACAGCUCGCGACCGCUUACGCGGUCGAGUGGAAAGUCAUCGAGCAGAAUUGAAACGAUUAGCACAAGAAUUUCAAUCAGCCAAAAAGGCAAGGGAUGAAAGUAUCGAAAUAAGUAGGGAAGAUUCAUGGGAUAAUAAUAUUACAGAGGAUCAAAAGAGGAGGUUAUUAGAUGCGUCUGAACAAAUAGAACGUUCAGGAAGAACAUUACAGAAUGGAUAUCGAAUGGUAUUGGAAACAGAAGAAAUUGGUUCUCAAGUAUUAAAAGAACUACACGAGCAAAGAGAAACAAUUCAAAAAGGAAGAACAAGAUUACGAGAAACAGAUGCAGAGUUGGGCCGUGGUUCACGUUUACUUUCAUCAAUGAUCUUUAGAAACAUUCAACAAAGAAUUAUUUUAGCAGUAGUAGCAUUAACGCUUAUAAUUGUUGCUUGCAUUGUCAUAUAUUAUAGCUUUAAAUCUAAAAGCUAAAGACGAGAAUAGAAGGAACAUUUUGUUUGGAAAAUAUCGGCUUAAAAGCCAUAUUUAAUAUUCACUCAAUUUCAGGUAACCACAUGCCAACGUCACCGGUAUGAUGCCAACCAAAUUCAUCGAUAACUUCGAUAGUUCUUUCGGGAUCUUUGAAAUAUCCUACGAACACGUUGGUGCCUUUUACGCACACUUCGCCUUGAUUCUUCUUUGC